AUGCAGCUCAAGGUGUUCUGUAAUAAGACUUGCCGUCACACUCACUCACACUCUAGCCAUUGCAGGGAACCUCAACUAUAUGUGCCGGCGAUUUCUGUUGUGUUUGUGGAGAACACUAUUGUAUCUAAUGUUGGCCCUGCAGUUUCGAGCUACCAUGUUAUAGUUUCGCCAUUCGAGGGUGCUUAUGUGAAAGUUGAGCUGCGGAUUCUGAAGUUCACCAAAGCUAAUCAGAAGCUGUCUUACAAGGUGACCUUUACUACAAAGACUAGGCAGCCGGAACCCGAGUUUGGAGGCUUGGUGUGGAAGGAUGGAGUGCACAGAGUGAGAAGUCCAAUUGUUGUGGCAUGGGGAACUGCAAGUCGAAAGAUUGGGAUAGGAUUUCCUGGGUCCCACCUACCCGCGAAAUUAGCGUGUGAGGCCAACACGGAGAAGUUGAAAGACGACGACUCUCCACGACUUGGACUAGUGGAGUGCGAUCUCUGUUCUUCUAAAAUAGAACCAGAAGAUCAGUCGACGUUUCUAAUUGAAAUGGCCGCUUCUUCGUCUUCGUCUUCAUCCCUUGAUCGUUGCAAGUACGAUGUCUUCCUCAGUUUCCGAGGGGAGGACACUCGCAAAAGCUUCGUUUGUCAUCUUCACAAAGCUCUUGAACAGAAAGCAAUCCACACCUUCAUCGAUUCUGAAAAUCUCGAAAAAGGCAACAGGAUUUCUGAGCUACUCAACGCCGUUGCCGAGUCAAGUGUUUCGGUUGUAGUCUUGUCUCAAAACUAUGCUGCUUCUACUUGGUGCUUGAAAGAGCUCGUCAAAAUCAUGGAUUGCAUGGAUGAGAAGAAGCAGAUUGUGGUGCCCGUUUUCUAUGAAGUUGAUCCCUCCGACAUUCGGAAAUCGAAGAAAAUGUUUGGGGAAGCUUUGACCAAACAUGAAGAAAAUCCUAAGUUUAACAAGGAAGAAGUGGAGAGGUGGAGAACUGCACUGAGAAGAAUCACGGAUCUAUCUGGCUGGGAUUCGCGACAGUAUAAGUUCAUUCGCUCAGUUAAUUCUGUAGGCUGCUGUUUGGUUCUGGAUGACAUUGAGCUUAUUGAGGAAAUUGUGGGAGACAUGUUAGAGAAAUGGAUUCACAUACCCCGACCCUCCAGUCUUGCAAAUAAGUUGGUUGGAAUGGAUCAUCACAUUAAGGAAGUGUUUUUUUAUAAUGUGAAAGAACGUUUUGCCAAGAAGAAAGAUGAAGCACAAAUGCGGGGAGAACUUUUCUCUAUGAUAUUGAAGGGAGAUGUGCAGAGUGUAGACAUUUUCAAUGAAGGUUCCAAUCUGAUACUGGAAAGGCUAGGUAAGAAAAAAGUUUUAGUUGUUCUUGAUGAUGUGGAAACUUCUUCCCAGAUUGAAGCCUUACUUGGAGAUUUUUCUUCAUUUGGUGUUGGAAGUAGAAUCCUCAUAACAACUAGGGAUAAGGAAUCACUAGCUGGAGUUAAUGAGACAUAUGAGCCCACAUGUUUAAAUUCUAAUGAAUCUUUUGAACUCUUUAAGAAGCAUGCCUUUAGAACAAAUCAACCCAGGGAAGAGUGUAGUGAUCUCUCAAAGCGAGCCAUAGAAUAUGCUCAGGGUCUGCCUUUAGCACUUAAAAGUCUUGGGAGCUUCUCUUUAUAA